CGAGUGAGUGUGUUGACGUCUGUUUCGUCAGUACCAAUCUAGAGAGUUCGAUAUAUCUAUAACACAACAUCUAUGAAGCGCUCACGGCCCAGGAAUUGGAUUUUAUCUGAUCAUCACAGGAUAAAGUGACAGGAACAUUUUCUCAUUCAAUGAAAUACAUGUUUCAAUUUCAGAGCAGUCUCGAUAAGGAGACAUGGCGGUGUGGAUGUCAUCUAAGUGUCCCCAGUGUCUGGUCCUGAUGCUGGUAUUACCAGUGGUUUGUGGAGGUGAGGCCCCAUACUGUACCCCCGGGAAACAAAUGUAUCAGGAUGGUAGAUGUGUGGAUUGUCCGGAGUGUGUUCCAGGACAGGCUCUCAACAAAACAAAGGAGAUCGAAACUAACAUGUUUGGGAGCAUGGAGUGCUAUCCCUGUGAGGAAUGUCCUACUGGCACCUACAGCAAUGACCGUAGGAAGGGCUCUUUUGAUGGUUACAAAUGUUACAUCCAUAAGGACUGUGGUAGACGGGGACGUGUAGUGGAAAUCCCGGGGACCAGUCGGACAAACAACGUCUGUGGGAAAUGUCUGGAGGGGUACAUUUCAGAGGAUUGGCCGAUACUGGAUGAAAACUCAUAUUGCUAUCCUUGCUCAGCCAAAGACAAAAAGAAGUCAGAUUGCCGUAACUUCGUCCCAACAACAACCCCAUCCACAACCACUGUGACCUCAAGGUUUGAAACCAAGAUGACCCUGGAAAAUCAAGAGCCCUACACAGAUGUCAGCAGUAUAAUUAUACCUUUAGUGUUGGCUGCUGUGGUUGUCGUCUUGGUUGUCAUAAUUAUGACAGCAUCAAUUUAUAGGUGUCGAACAAAUAGAAAAACACCCAAAGAAAACCUGGAUUCUGAAAAAGGACUGUUGACCGAUGUUGUGAUCGAUAGUCCAAGUCAGUUCAGUAGUGCCUCUACUGGAAUGAGUUCUCUAAGGACCACAACAACAGAUGCUUCAGAAGACCCUGCUGAUGAAUUCGUUGAGGAUUCAGAAGACAAAAAGUGCCCUACUGAUGAAAUCAAAGAGAUUUCUGACUACAGAAACGUACGCCUUACUGAUGAUGAAAUGUGUAAUGCCAAAGCUAUACGCCUACAGAACGAUGAUUGUUAUGUCCAUGGUGUGGGCAAUGCAGACAUGUCUCCUGAUGAGAAGAAAAUAAAGAAUUUGGCACGUUCAUUGGGACUGCCCGAAACACAAAUAGAUGAAUUAAUUGAGAACAAAGACAGCCAUCUCAUUGCCUUCCUCAACAAGUUCAUACAGAGGAAAGGAAAGGAGGCUACACUAUUUGUUCUAUAUAAUGUUUUAGUAAAACAUGCAGCUGAACCAGAGCUAAAGGCUUUGGUUGAAAUAUUAAGGAAUAAUGCCUCAAACCUUUGAUCUCAGUUCAUACUGACAGUGGGGAAUCAGUAUCAGACCUUACUACUUACGGAGAUUCAAGAGAUUUGUGAUAUCUUAUGUCUUGCGGCAUUCACCGUCCAACUGACCAACGAAUCUCAUCUGUAUAUAUAUAGGGACUAACGGAAACUAGAAAUCUAUGGUGCUGGAUACAGAAUCUCAAGUCUUAUCAUAAGACACAUCUGUAUCAUAUUAACAGUUAACAUAAAUAUACAUAUACUUGUACCAAAGUUCAGCGUUCAACUCCUACCAAAGUAGGUAACAUUCCAUACCUCCUACCAAAGAAGGUAACAUUUUUACCUUGUACAAAAGCAGGUUAGUUUUGUUACCUCCUCCUAAAAGACAUGCUUCAGAUGUAUUAGGAGUUUUUUUUGAAGUUUCCUAGUCUGUGAUAAAAAUAGCAAAGUAUGUGAUAAGUUUGAUGCAUGAUAUGGAAGGGAUGGGUUUAGACACAAAGCUUGAAGUUUAGCAGCUCAGAAAAGACUCAUAAUGUAUGAUUAACAUGACAUUGAAUGUAAAUAGAGGUUACACAGCGAGUGGUGGUUGUUUACAGUAUUUCUUUCACUGAAGUUUUUUUUCAAAAGAUACAAAAAGUAUGAGCUUAAGCAAAUGUUUUUUUUUGGGGGGGGGUGGGGGGGGAUUUUGGAAAAAUAACUCAUGAGAGUGAAAGAAAUACCAUAUACAACAACCACGAGUUUGUGUGACCUGUUUCUAUUGCAAUAGAAAAGUUAUUUUGAGGAUAAAUUGCCCUCUUUUGUGUCAACGUAUUUUCUUUUCACAAUAUAUUGGGUGUUAGGAUUAAUAACCUAAAGUGAAAUGCUGCUAAUUAAUAUAAAAAAACUGACAAUUUCAGAAAUAUGUGGAAAUUUUGCAAUUAUAAUUACAAAUCAUAACAAAAAAUAAGCAAGUUUAUCAUUUUCAAAGCAAUAAAUUUAUCAAAAUCUAUAGAUAUCUUUUAAAAUAUGACAAAAAAACAAAUGCAAACUUAUUCCUGUACGUAACAUUUCUGGGACCUCGUUAAGCAGCCUUCUAACAAUAGCCAAUCAAAACGCAUUGAACCACAUGAUCAAAAUUAGUCCGGUCAAAGGUCAACGUGUCAACCAAUCAAAAGCAUUUAGAGCUUAUUCCACAUGUGGUAUAAACUGAAUAUUAUUUAACAGUUGCCAUAAUUGUUUCAUGGUUUGGAAGUUGAAUAACACCCACCUAUUGUUGUAGAAUGGAAUUGAUAUUAUUGGGACAGUUUACAUGAAAUAGUACAUCAAUUUAAAGAGGACUAUAAAAUCAUCUCGUGUAUUGUAGUGAUGAGGAACACAGCAGUGCAAUAUUGUUGGCAUAUAUAUCUUAUAGUCUUUAUGGAGACAUCGCAUUCAAGCAUAAAUACUUCUAUAAAUGCUGUAUCAAUAACUUCAUAUUUAUUUUUGAAUGGAUAUGUAUGACAAACCUGUUGAGUGUUUGAAUAUGUCUACUCCAUGGUCCAGACGCUCAUAGACAGAGACCUUAGGACAAUUAGUACACUUAUCGUCAUUCCCCAAAAAAUAUUUCUUUAGGAAUCUCGACCAAUUAGAUUAGACUGCAUUUUGGGGGUUUCAGUUUAACUACAUUACCAAGUAAAAGGCAUAAUUUUAAAGACUUUGAAAAAACAAGAUGUGUAUUUGUCCAUUAAAACUGGAGGUUUAGUGUAUCAGGCUUUUUCGGCCAAUUUAUAGCAAGUACCAUGUUGAGACAUUCAGUGUACUCGUGGUAUCCUCCUUUCUUUAUAGAUAAUUAUAUAACGUGUAACCUCAGUAAUCAGAUUUAUUGACCAUUAGUAGCAUACAGUAUAUUGUAUGUUUUGAUGGCAGCCCCCAAAAUAUAUUUCACAGAAUGAUGUUGAUGUUGCUGGUUUAAAGUCUCGAUUUAGGUUAUAACCUCUACUCGCGACUCUAGGUUAGAAACAUUAGUCCGGGUUGACUGUUAGAUGUUGUCAGUUGGAGAUCCCCUCCUCCUUUCUCAACGCGGGCUUGGGACCGGCUACGGCGGGGUUUAUUUCACAGAAAAGAAGCCUGAUGUUUAAUAUACAAAUGCAUAUGUUGGUAUUUGAUUGGUUGCUAUUCUUAGAGCCGAAAUGAAACUUUCUGUACCAAUCGUCCAUGGUCUCUAUCCGUGAGUGUCAAAACCCUGGGUAACUGUUGAUGGCAUGUGGCAUACUUGAAUCUUUAUUGAAUAUGUUUGUAUGUGAAUGUCUGUAUGUAGUUUAUACGUGAUUGAAUGUCUGUAUAAAGUUAAAAACUUUAAUGAAUGUCUGUAUGUGAAUGUCUGUAUGUGAAUGUCUGUAUGUAGUUUAUACGUGAUUGAAUGUCUGUUUGUGAAUGUUUGUAUGUGGUUCAUAUUUGUGAAACAUUUUAUAUUUUCAUACAUGAAUGCAUUGAUCUCAGAAUAAUAAUAUUAUGUGAAUAAAAACCACUUAAAACUACA